GUCACGCCAUUCGGCGCUGGCCAGUUGUGGUAAAAUGUCUACUAAUCUCUGUCCCAAUGCUUCCUCCACCGACACACAGCCAAUACUCUACUCGUAUUGGCGCAGCUCGUGCUCCUGGCGCGUGCGCAUUGCGAUGAACCUGAAGGAGAUACCCUACGACAUCAAGCCGAUCAGCCUGAUCAAAUCCGGUGGCGAGCAGCACUGCAAUGAGUACCGCGAGGUGAAUCCCAUGGAGCAGGUGCCCGCCCUGCAGAUUGAUGGGCACACCCUCAUCGAAUCGGUGGCCAUCAUGCACUACCUGGAGGAAACCCGUCCGCAGCGACCACUCCUCCCACAGGACGUCCAUAAGCGGGCCAAGGUGCGCGAAAUAGUCGAGAUCAUCUGCUCGGGCAUCCAGCCGCUGCAGAACCUCAUCGUGCUCAUCCACGUGGGCGAGGAAAAGAAGAAGGAGUGGGCCCAGCACUGGAUAACACGUGGCUUCCGGGCGGUGGAGAAGGCGCUGUCCACCUCGGCUGGAAAAUACUGCGUUGGCGACGAGAUCUCCAUGGCGGACUGCUGCCUCGUACCUCAGGUGUUCAAUGCCCGAAGAUUCCACGUGGACUUGCGACCGUAUCCCAUAAUUCUGCGCAUCGAUCGCGAGCUGGAGAGCAAUCCGGCAUUCCGGGCGGCCCAUCCCUCCAAUCAACCGGACUGUCCGCCGGAGCUGCCCAACAAAUAGAAUUUUCCGACGACAACUGCAAAGCGCCGUAAGACGAAAAAGUGAAUUGCAGUUCGUAAACCAGGCACAGGACAAACUAAGAACUUAAAUCUGAUCGGUGGGCGGGGAUUGGAUGGGAUGGCAAAGCUGGCGAGGAUUCCAUUAAGCAAAAAACAGUCGGAUGUGAUUUAAGAAAUUGCUAACAGCAUUUAAAUAUGCAUAAAUGCAUAAAAAUACUAUCGAUAACAUAACGAAAUUCCUCACACGAAAUUCAAAUGCAAAAUUCUCAGAAACGGAACAAAAAACAUAUAUGAAGUAUAAUAAAUUCUUGAAAUUCCCUUAGUUUGUCAUUGUGAACAUGAUCUAAAAGAUGAACUCAUAUAUAUUAAAUGUAACUUA